GCCCGAAACCGAGCCUGCCCCGAAUCUGUGAAAGCGUAUGCGUCGGAGCAGAGGGAGAGAGAGGAGAGAGCUUCGGCCACGCUGACCUUGUAUCAAUGCUUUAGAUGAAACACAACCCACAGAACCUCAGCGUGAACAUAGCUUGAUGUUCCUGUUCCAAACCAUAUAAAAGUAUCAACCUUGAAACUUGAUACUACUUUGUUCCAGAUUCCCCUCCACAAAUGCAAGUACCCAGAUGGAGAAACUUUAUGAUACUCAGGAAUUCAUUGAUUCCGUCGACGUGUACGGCGACCCGUUUAGCGUCGUUUCAUUCCACUCCUUCUUCAUUUGAGAAGAGGAAAGACAAAUGGAACUUUGAUGUGAAGAGUUCAGAACAACCAUCAAAGAAUUUCAUCAGAUAUGCAACUCGUCACAAGCGGGCUGAUGCAAAGAAAGCCCUUAAAAAUCUCCUCUUCAACUGUGGAUACUGCCCUAAAGUGUCAUAUCAGCACAUUCAGGCUGAAGAUGCUUCAGGUAGCUCACCUAAAAAUCAUAGAUCAAACUCUUAUCGACAUGCUCAGAAAUCCCACCACAAGAAAAUGAAACGCAAGCUCAAAAGAGAGAGUUUCUCUGAUGACGAAAACCAUCCGGAGACAAUCUUUCAGGCGACAUAUGGCAAGAGAUGGUACACUUGGUCUUUUAACGCACAACAUAACUCUUUUCAAGAUUCAUCAUAUGGCUUUGAGUGGAGAGAGCCUUCAAGCUGGAAAGAUACAAAGAAAAGUUGGGAAAACAUUAGUGGCAUAGAGACUGACGAUGAAGAAUGUACCAUAGGAUCAAGUUCUGAUAGAAAAAUUCUUGGUCUCCCUUCGACAGGUCCUUUAAAGACCGAAGAUGUUAAAAAAGCUUUCCAUUUAUCAGCUUUAAAAUGGCAUCCUGACAAGCAUCAAGGAUCUUCACAGGAAAUGGCAGCAGAGAAAUUUAGGCAUUGUGUCAAUGCGUACAAUUCUCUGUGCAAUGCAUUAUCCUCAGCAUAACCUGGUGCAAUAGGUCUGGUUUGUUUGUAACAGUUUCCACCAGGGCUCAUAAUAACAAUGGAGCUUUAUUGUACUUAUUAUGGUUUAAUUAAUAUAUUUCUUUUCAUUCUCCACAUUUCUUUUCUUCUCUUUAAGAAACAUUUCCAAGUAGUACCCAACCAAGAUGUCCACAGCUGGUCAGGCAAGCUGGGCCGAGGAGACUAUUGUUCCCAACUUAUCAUCAUAUGUGAGUGGUACCAUUUCAAAUUCAAUUUCAAACAAAAUUAUUAAUGUUAGUACUGUGAAGUUGGUAAUUUCCUUGAAAUUUCUUAGUUGAAAGUACUCUGGAGUCGGAGAACUAUUAGUUGAGAGUUGCUUGUGACGCGUCUCACACAAUGAACUAAUUCGACUGAGUCUAGCGAUGUGUUUCACGUAAUGAACUAAUUCG